AGAAGAAGGCGAUGGCGUCAGCAAUGCAUUAUGGGAAAGAUAACAACAAACGGUCCAGUUGGGAAUAAUACUUUUUGCUAGUAAAGUAGCCUAACGUAGGAUACAUUUUCAUAAUAAUAAUAAGCAAAAUGAUUAUUUAAAGCAGGCUGUGACUUGCACAUAUUUCGAGUUGGAAAUGUUGCGAGUCGACUUCCCAAAAGCAAAGAAAUAUGUCCGCAAGAGAAGCGUCGUGUGGCGCUUCUUUAAACCCGUGGAGUCGGGUUCUGUCCAGUGUCUGCUGUGCGGCGAGUGUCAGCCCAGGAAAGGACACGGCAGCACCACGGUUAUGCUCAGACACCUGCGUCUCAAACAUCCCACAGACGUGGUCAGAAAAUGCAAAGGGCCGAUGCCUGGAUGCACGGAAGCUCACUCAGCCACGGAGACGGACGGCGAGCAGUUCUGCUCCGCUGAAGUGGCACUGGAGGAUGGCAACGCAGAUCAUUUAACCUCUGUGAAUAUAUGUGACAUCAAUGGCACAGUGGAAUCUGCAGAGGGAGGUCUGGCUGAGAAAAUGACACAAGAGGAGACAAGUAACGAUGAACCUGUAACACAGAGAGGAAACAAGCGAAGCCUGAUUUGGAGGUACUUCAGUCGUUUGGAUGGUUUGGAUUCGGCGCUCUGCCACCUCUGCAUGAAGAAGUUACAGUGCAUUAGAAGUGGUGGAACCGGCAACCUGCAUAGACACCUGUCCAAACGACAUCCAGAGGAGUUUUCAAGCCUACUGGCUGAAGGACGCAACCGGCACUCAUCUUGUUCAACAGCAAGCUCAAAGACUGGUGGUGACACAUCAGCAUCACCAGAGAGUGUUGAGGAAACAGAGCAGAGAUUUUAUUCAGUGGAAGUAGUCCUGGAAGAUGGAGACUCUGACAACCCUGCAUCUGUGAACAAAUCUGACAUAGCCAUGGUUAAUAUCUUAGUGGAAGCUGCUCAGGAAGGUCAACCAAUGAAACACAAAGAGACGAGUGCUAUCCACCCUAUAACACAAAGACGGCACACACGGAGCUUGAUUUGGAGGCAUUUUGAGCAUUUAGAGAGUUUGGAUUGUGCACGAUGUCGCAUUUGCAUGAAGAAGUUACAGUGCUUUAGAGGUGGUAGCACCAGCAAUCUGCGUCGACACAUGUCCAAAAGACAUCCAGAGGAGUUUUCUAGACUAGUGGCUGAAGGACGCAACCGGCAAUUAUCCAGGUCAGCAGCAAGCUCAAAGACUGGUGGUGACACAUCAGCAUCACCAGAGACUGUUGAGGCCAUAGAGCAGAAAUUGUUUUCAGUGGAAGGAGCCCUGGAAGAUGGAGAGUCAGACAACCCUGCAUCUGUGAACAAAUCUGACAUAGCCAUGGUUAAUGGCUCAGCGGCAGCUGCUCAGGAAGGUCAACCAAUGAAGCGCAAAGAGACAAGUGCUACCCACCCUGUGACACAAAGACGACGCACACGGAGCUUGAUUUGGAGGCAUUUUGAGCAUUUAGAGAGUUUAGAUGGUGUGCGAUGUCACAUUUGCUUGAAGAAGUUGCAGUGCUUUAAAGGUGGUGGAACCGGCAACCUGCGAAGACACAUGUCCAAAAGACAUCCAAGGGAGUUUUCUAGACUAGUGGCUGAAGGACGCAACCGGCAAUCAUCCAGCUCAGCAGCAAACUCAAAGACUGGUGGUGACACAUCAGCCUCACCAGAGACUGUUGACGCAACAGAGGAGAGAAUUUUUUCAGUGGAAGUAGUCCUGGAAGAUGGAGAGUCAGACAACUCUGCAUCUGUGAAAAAAUCUGACAUAGCCAUGGUUAAUGGCUCAGUGGCAGCUGCUCAGAAAGGUCAACCAAUGAAACACAAAGAGACAAGUGCUACCCACCCUGUGACACAAAGACGGCACACACGGAGCUUGAUUUGGAGGCAUUUUGAGCUUUUUGAGAGUUUGGAUGGUGUGCGAUGUCGCAUUUGCAUGAAGAAGUUACAGUACUUUAAAGGUGGUGGCACCAGUAACCUGCGUAGACAUAUGUCCAAAAGACAUCCAGAGGUGUUUUCUAAACUACUGGCUGAAGGAAGCAACCAGCAAUCAUCCAGCUCAACACUAAGCUUAGAUGGGAAUGAUGAAACAUGUACUCCAUCCAAGACUGUUGGUGUGACACCGCAGAGGUUGUUUUCAGGUUCAAGAGUUCCUGAUGGAGCGGAGUGUGUGUGGAGGAGAGAGAGGGAGCUGAUAGAAGAAUUGAGGAGAGCACAGCAGCAGGAGGCUCAGGCUUUGGAGCAUCAGAGGGAGUUGCUGCAGAAACUGCGCGCAGCAGAUGCCAGAGAGGCAGCUGCAGAGCGAGAGAAAAUUGGGUCAUUGAGGAAAGCGCAGGAGGAAGAAGCAAAGGAUUUAAAAAGACAGCAAAUGGAGCUGCAGACGGAAAAGGAUGUGCUACAAAAGAAAUGGGAAGAGUUCCAGCUAGAAAGAGAAAUGCUUCUCUUGUUCCCUAAAAACCAAUAAAACUGACUGACUGACUGUUACAAUAUGCUUUACUAGUAUAGUACACAAGGUUAUCUUUUUAACCUUUUUAAUCUUUAAAAAACUUUCAACUGUUUGUCCCUUAAUACUAUGGCACGGCAUCUUCUCAACCUGGGAGACCUGAUUUGAAAGUAUUCUAGGGGUUAUACUUUAUGCUUCACACAGAUGAUCAUUUUGAGAGCAUGAUCGUGAUAUUAACCCUUUUAUUAAAUUAUUUUCCAGCAACAUGCAUGGAGUGUUAAAAAUAACAGGAACGAAUUUGACAAGAACACUGUAAAAAAUGAAAUUUAAUGUUGUUGCAUAUUUUUAUAAAAUAAAUGAACAAAUAACUACUGGUUCAGUGCUUUGGUAAAUGUAGAUGGGGAGUUACUUUAGUGCACUUAUUCUGAAGCUGGAACUGCAGAACUAUGAAAUAAUGCAGUAAUUUCCCCGCUGUGGGACUAAUAAAGGCAUUCUUAAUGUCCGAUUUAUUAUAUCGUGCGUCCGUCCGCACGUGUCCGGCGCAUGCGCAAAUUCGACCCCGAAAAUAACCCACAGCGCGGUCUCUCAGGUACUUCUAUUCUUACCACCCGCAGAUUAGGGAGAAAACGUGUCUUUAUGUUGCAGGAUAUUAUCCAUAGUCCUACAGGCAGUUAUAAAUCACGUUAUAAAUUGAAAGAGGAUGACCUAACCUUCCUUACAUUACCCUGGGAAGAAGUACUGCCUGACAGGUUAAACCCAGGGAGAAUGUGCACCGACGGGAACGUUGGGAAGAUGGCUGACAGCGGCUCCGUGGCAGUGAAGAGAUGCAACUCUGGGUCGGUGUCCUCCGUGAGUAUGGAGACUAUCUCGACCCUGACGGAGCUGGAGGACCUAGAGAAAGUUUACCAGCAGCUCUGUGUCGAAGAG